AUGUAGUAAUAUAAAUGUUUAGCAUUACCUGGAUGGUUGAAUGAUGCUGAUAUAAUGAAGAGUUUAAUGACUUAAUUAGAAAAAUCUUUGGCUUCAAUAAUAACAUUUGAAUACUUGGAUCCUUCUUAUGAUGUUAAUAAGAGUAUUACUCAAUUACCAUCUAAUAUAUAAGUUCCAUAAGGAGUAGGAAGUAAGAUACUAAUAAUUUUAUAAGAAAAACUUUAUAGAUGGGGAGAUAUCCAUCUUGAUCAUUCAUAAGAUGUAACCAAUUUAAGAGCUAAAAUAAUUAAUGAUCCAACAAUUGUGGGAGUUGUAGGAUUUUCACAUGGAACAUUGUUAGUGACAGAAUUAGGAUAAUUAGCACAUACUGAUAUAGAAUUAAGAAAGAGACUUAAAUUUUUUAUGGCUUUCUCUUGUCAUGGUAUAAAAGCUAAGAAAGAAAUUUUUUCCUAAAAAAGGUUAAUUACUAUUCCAACAAUUCAAACAGUUGGAUAAAGAGAUCCUUUGUAAAUGGAAUCAUUAAUAUAAUCAAGUGAGUUUUUGAAUCCAUUAAUGAUCUAUACUGAUGCAAGUAAGAAUUAUGUAUAUAAUAGCACAUAGAGUUCCAAUUUUUUCAUUCGAAUAACUUAAGUAAAUUAAAAAAUUUGUACAAUCAGCUUUAGAAUAACCUAAAUUAUGA